AUGGAGGGCGAUUGUGGGCUCUGCCAGGCCGCUGGGGGGCUCUGUGUGGGGCACCAGCGGCUGGACCUAGGGCCCAAAGGGCCUGGCAGGAGGGGAAGGGCCCUCCUCAUGCCCCCAACACCCCCCCAGGGCAGGGCCCCUUCCUCCUGGGAGGGGGCUGUGGCUCCGGAGGGCAGCGUUGGCCCUGGAACAUCCCGCUCUCUCAGCCCCACCAGCGAGCUUUGGGGAGAGAGGGGCUGGAGGCAGGCAGGGGCUCCAGGGAGGGCCAGGGGCACACUCUCUCAGCCAGGCUGCAAGAGGCCCAGCGGGAGCCCUGCCUGCCGGGGGCCGGGGAAGGCCCUUCCUGCUCCAAGGGAUAAGGCGGCUCGAGAGCGCUUUCGGGGCUCAUCUCCUCCGCAAAGGCUGCGGCCGAAGCGGCUGGCGAGGCUCCCUCUUGCCCUCCCCGCGAGUGGGGCUGGCAUCCCUCUCCGUCGGAGGGCUCUCGGGGGCACCUGGCCUGGCAGCCCCCUUGCCCCGCCCCCUCGGGGCUCCAGCCUAUCAGGGCCCCUAUCCCCGCCCCCUCCAGGUGAGCCCCCUCCGCCGCUGGGCCGCCCGAAGCCCAGUCCGCCCGGAGAGGAGCCCCGGCCGGGAGCAGCCCCAGAGCCAGCCAGCCAUCGACCAUGCCCAUUGCCCAUCUGCCCUGACCCAGGAGGAGCAGGGGGCCUGUGCCACGAUGGGACUCAGACAGCCAUGGGCUCCAUGACACCCAGGACCUGCCACUCUAGUCCUUCUGCAAGGACUGCCCAGCCCUGGACAAGCUCAGGUCAAGCAGAGGAGAGGGCAAAGAGCUGUGCCCCUUCCACCCUCACCUUGGUAAUCGUCUCCUUCUUCCUUUCACCAACUGGACACCUAAAGCCCUCACUUUCUGGCCACUUGCAUUUCCUGGAAGCCAUAACUGGCCAGGAGGGACUCGGCAUCAGGGCUGCCCUGGGUUCCUUCCUUAAAACGCCUCCUCCUCUUUUCCUCCAGCAGGACCUUGGAGUCAGGAUGGGUGCCCUGGGGGUGCAGCUGGCAGUCAUCGGGGCACUGAUCCUCUUGGCACGGGCGGCAUGCCCUGGCCCCGUCCCUCCAUCCCCGGAGAAGACGUCCAUCUUUGCUGACUUGACUUCCGCAGAGCUCCGUGCCGUCCGGGACUUCCUCACCAGCCGCCCAGAGCUGGACCUCCAACCCAACCGAGGAGGGUCCCCGGGGGGCUCCCUCGCCAGGAACAGCCUCUUCCUGGUGGAGCUGCUGGCCCCCAAGAAGAGCCAGGCUCUGCGCUACCUAGACUUGGGGGGCCGCCUCCCCCGCCGAAAGGCCCGGGCGGUCGUCUUCUUCGGCUCUGGGUCCAAGCCUAAUGUGACUGAGUAUGUGGUGGGCCCACUGCCCAGGCCCACCUUCUAUCGCCCCUCUGGCUACCCGGUGGCCUACACUGCCAGGCCGAUGUCUCAGCUUGAGUUUCAGUUCCUUAUCAGGAGGCUGGCAGACCUCCUGGAGCCCCUGAAGGUCUUCCUGAUGGACAUAUCAGGCUUCAGUCUGGGCAGCAACUGUGGCCAGAGAUGCCUGACCUUCACGGAGGUGGCACCUCGUGGCCUGGCCUCGGGCGAACGCCGCACGUGGCUGAUGGUUCAGCGCAAUGUGGAGGGCUUCUUCCUCCACCCAGUAGGCCUGGAGGUCCUGGUGGAGCACCAACAGCUUGACCCACGCCUUUGGUCAGUGGAGAAGGUCUGGUACAAUGGGCAGUACUUUGCCAGCCCCCCAGAGUUGGCCGAGCAGUACGGCCGGGGCGCAGUGUCCGUGGUCCGCCUCCCACCACACCCAGAGGAGAGCCUCUUCUCCACCUUCGUGCCACGCAGGGACUUCACCACUGGGCCCCCCACCGACAAACCUGGGGCCAAGGUGUGUGAGCCAAGUGGGCACAGCUAUGCCUUGUGCGGGAACCAUCUGGCCUACAGUGGCUGGAGCCUGGCCUUCCGCCUUCGCAGCUCCACCGGUCUGCAGCUCUUUGACAUGCGCUUCAAUGGAGAACGCGUGGCCUAUGAGGUGAGCGUCCAGGAGGCCAUCGCUUUCUACGGGGGCAACUCUCCUGCCGCCAUGCAGACCAAGUACAUUGAUGUGGGCUGGGGCAUGGGCUCCGUCACGCACGAACUGGCCCCAGGCAUCGACUGCCCCGAGGUGGCCACCUUUGUGGAUGCCUACCACUACUAUGACGCUGACGGACCGGUCCGCUAUCCACGUGCCCUUUGCCUCUUUGAGCUGCCCAUCGGCGUGCCACUCCGGCGCCACUUCGACAGUGACUUCCAGGGGGGCUCCACCUUCUACGGUGGCCUGGAGGGUCAUGUGCUGGUCCUGCGCAGCUCCUCCACCGUCUACAACUACGACUACAUCUGGGACUUCCUCCUGUACCCCAACGGGGUGAUGGAGGCCCGGGUCCACGCCACAGGCUACGUUCACGCCUCCUUCUACACCCCCGAGGGGGUCCGCUACGGAUCUCGCAUCCAGGCCCAUCUGCUGGGCAACCUCCACACCCACCUGGUCCAUUUCAAGGUGGAUCUGGAUGUCGCAGGCCCCAGGAACAGCUUUGAGACAAUGGAUGUGGCCUUUGAGAACAUCUCCGUCCCCUGGGAGCCCAGCCAGCGCCUGGUGCAGCCCUACCUGGACCGCCAGCCUCGCCUGCGGGAGCGCCAGGCUGCCUUCCCCUUCGGGAAGCCCCUUCCCCGCUACCUGGUGUUCCUCAACCCCACCCGGAAGAACCGAUGGGGCCACCAACGCAGCUACCGCCUCCAGCCCAACUCCCACGCUGACCGCGUCCUCCCGCGGGGCUGGAAGGAGGAGAAUGGCGUCUCCUGGAGCAGGUACCACUUGGCUGUGACUCAGCAGCAUGACAACGAGGACACCAGCAGCAGCCUCUACAUCCAGAAUGACCCUUGGCAGCCCACCGUCUCCUUUGAAAACUUCCUCCGGAACGACGAGAGCAUUGAGAACGAGGACUUGGUGGCCUGGAUGACGGUGGGUUUCCUCCACAUCCCUCAUGCAGAGGACAUCCCCAACACGGCCACCCCAGGCAACAUGGUGGGCUUCUACCUGCGCCCCUUCAACUUCUUUGAUGAGGACCCCUCUGUGGCCUCCAGACGCACCGUCAUCGUGCAACCAGCCCCACCGGGGAGCAAUGAGGGGGUCCACAUCCAGCGCUGGGGUCCAGUGGCCUCCAAGGUCUGCUUUUUCCAGGAGCCCUUCAGCUACAAUGGGACCUACUUGGAGGAGUAG